AAAAGAAAGAAAGAAAGAAAUAGUGAAACACCACUUAAAAGCCCUAAAUGAGUAAGUUUCUCACUCACUACAAAAAUCCCUAAAUUCUCUCGUUCCCUCUCUCUUGCUCCCACUCAAAUCGUCGACAACAACACCCUUUUUUCCGACUGCCCCAAGCCGGUCACUCGACGUCCAACUCUUGGAAAUCCACAAGAUGGGUAUAUUAUUUCACUCUUCAUUUUUCAGGUUUUUUUUUGGGUUCAAGGCUAUGCUAGGGACUCGCAAACAAAGGAAGUCGAGUAAGGGCUUAAGGUUGCUUCUUCUGGUAAUAUUUGGCCAUUGUCGGAGCUGGGCAUCACAAUCUUCACGGUUGGGGAGUCGGGGCUUCGAUUUGGGAGAACGACUUGCGAAGAGCAGUUGUGCAUCGAGGGAUUUCGCCUUAACCGGAUUUCAAUUUCACUACCACAAUGCGAGUGAAAUCGACGGGGAAAAUAAGGUGGGACUUUUGCUUUAUAUCUUCUACAUCUCUGCCUUGCUUUGUUUUCAUUUGGGAUAUAAAGCUAAUUCAAAGUCAAACAACUCUACUGCUGACUUGCUGCUCCACGCCUUUGUCACGUGAAUAGGACAUGAUUUCUAAAAAAUUCAAAUUUCUGUGGAUUUCUUGUCAACUAGUUAUGAACAAGAGGCAAAAGUGUAUUUUUUUACGGAGGUGUAUCCAAGCCCUUUACCUUUUCUUUAGUUGUCAUUACUAUGCCUAUUGUUCAACCUUCAUACACAAGUAUCAACUUCGUGACCCUUUAGCUCCUCUUUAGUUAUGUUAGAAAUUAAAAUUCUAAUAAAUUUUGAUAAAAUAAAUAAAAAUUGUAGAUAUCAUAAAAUGUAGAGUUAAUUAAUGAUUAAAUUUUAGAAAUAUUUUUAACUAGAUCAAACAUGAGCCUAUAUAACACUUAGCCUUGUCCAUUCGAAUUGGGUAAAGCACUUGGUCAACUAAUUGAUGCUAUAACAUCAUCAUGCGCACCAAACGACGUAGCUCUAACAUGCAGUAAGUUUGUGAGCUCGGAUGGAGGAACUGGGGAUCAAAGUGGAAUAUUUGCGAUCUUCCAUGCUUCUGUGUUUUGCACCAUUCUUAUAAAAUAAAGUAAUUUUCUUGGAAAACUUUAUUCUACCUUUUUUAAUUGUGAAAUGCUGCGUCAAAAUUUGUUUUCAAUUUUAGCUUCAUGCUGUUCUACAGGUGUAAUUUCUUCAAUUUUGAGUAUUUCACUUUGAAGUUGCAAUUAGUCGAUGGGUUAAGUUUAUAACUCUUGUGCAUGUGGUUUUGAAGUAUUUUUAUUAGGAAAUUAUGUGGUUAGAACUUAAUUUUGUUAUGGAUAAUUAUUUGAUGGAAAUUUUUGCGUAUUUUGGAUGCAGGUUUUGAGAUUCCAAAGUUUGAAUAUUUAUUAAACAGUUAUCAUUUAUCAAAUUCAUCAGUUGAGUUUACCUGGAAUGAACGUAUGAUUAUUGUAUCAUCAAUGAUGAUCUUUUUAAUAAUUUCUAGCUCAUUUAAAAAAUUUAUUUUUCUACACUUCUUGGAAAUUUGUUCAUAUGUUAUUUUCUCCAUGAAUUUGAAGUAAAGUUAAAAUCUUUAUAUGUCAUGGAACUGCAAAUGUAUAUAUCAAUGUUUAAUAGUUUGAU